AUGCUGCUCAAGCUCUUCAAGGCCCUCACCCAGUGUGUGACCAUCAUCCUCAUCGGCUGUCUCAGCCGCCGCCUCGCCCUCUUCUCUCCGUCUGAGGCGGCAGGCAUCUCGGCGUUUGUGGGGAGGCUCGCGAUGCCCGGCUUGCUCUUUCUUGCCAUGGCCGAGCUCGAGAUUGACAGCGAGGCGUGGCGGCUCGUUGCGGCCAUCUCCGCCGCCAAGGGCCUCGUAUUUGCCAUCACUGCCGGACUCUGCCUCUCUGCGCUCUGCCGCCGCACGAGCGACAGUGUGCCCUUCGCAGAGCGCAAGGCAACCUGGCUCGGGCGGGCGGGCCUGUACGCGAUCGCGACGACGCAGAGCAACGACUUCGCGCUCGGGCUGCCUCUGUGCGCCGCAAUUUGGGGCGGGCGCUUCGACUCUACAAUCUACCUCGCAGCGCCGGUCCAGCUGGCGCUGCUCAACCCGCUCGGUUUCGCGCUUCUGGAGGCGGGCGCCGAGGCGGGCGUUGAGGCGGCCGAGGCGCGGCUUCUGCCGAGCGGCGGCGGUGGCGGUGCGACCGGCUCGCGCCGCCAGCUCGCCCGCGUGUGCAGCAAGGUGCUGCGCUCUCCGCUAGUCUUCUCGGUCGUGGUUGGCUCCGCGGUCCGAGCGGCGCUGCAGGCGGGCGGGCACGCAGCGCUGCCGGAGCUGGUGGGGGGGGUGUUCGAGCCCUUCCAGCAGGCCUUCGCCGCGACGGCCCUGGUCACGCUCGGCCUCUCCCUCCGCACCUCGCUCAAGCCCCUGGCGCACCCGCCCGAUGCGCUCGCCGCCAUCCAGCUGCUCGGCCUCGUCGUCUCGGUCCCUCUCCUCCUCGUCUCGACGGUGGCGGCGGCGGCGCUCGCCGUCUUGAUGGCGCAGCAGUCGUGCCCCGACCGGCUCGGGAUCGGGCUGGCGGCGCUGCUCCCCGCCCUGGCCGAGGUGGCGGGCGCCGUCGACCCGCAGCGCGUACAGCUGAUGAUGAGCUUCGCGUGCCGGCCGACGCCGCGGGUGAAGGUGCUGGUCCACGCCUCGCUCAACGUGCUCUACGCGCUGGCCAUCAUCCUCUCCCUCGGCCUCAUGCGCCUCGCCCCGACGCCGGCCGCCGCAGGCGCCGCGAGCGACCGCUCAACCUACCGCCGCUGCCCCGCCAAACUUCACCGCCACCGCCUCCGGCUGUCGUCGCUCCUGCUCGCGGCGCUGGCAUCGGCCUUGCUCGCUUUCUCGAUCGAGGUGGAGGGCCUUGUCCGCUCCAGGGGCGAGGCGGCGCGCCCCCCCUCGGGCGUGCAGGUCGAGCUGCUGCUCCUCGCGCGGCUCGUCGACUGCUCGAUCGGCACCCUCCUCGCGCUCGUCUUUGCGCCGCAGCUGCUGCCCCGCACGCCCGCCGCGCUCGCGAGGGUGCGCUCCGCCAUGCGGUCUGUGCGCGCUUUUCCGUCGACGUGGGCGAUUGCGCGAGGUGACAGCUCCGCCCGGCUCGACGAGGAUCAGCGGCGGCGCCAGUGA